CAUCGUCUUAGCCGAACGUUGCCCGAGAUGUGAUCUAAACUCUGCCUGCACAAAUAACCAAUUGAGCUACUUGUACUUUAGUUUAGGCAUACGAGUAGUAUAAAUAAUGUUUCUAUUUGAAGUCAAAAUCAUCACUUUUUUACACCAACUAUUUAUUUCUGAUUUAUUUCACAACCCAGAAUCUUCCUCAUUCAUUCACCUCUUAAUUUGUGUAAUCUGUGAUCCCACAAUUUAAUUCAAUUUAAUUUGUGCUCACAAUUUCUAACUAUGGCCAAUGAGCUAUGAUCAUUCCCAAAUCUCUCCUCUUGUUUUAAUCAAUUACCUUUUCUUUUCUGAUUCUGGGUUUCAGUAUUCUAUAAUUCAAUUAAAUUACCCAAAAUUCUUAAUCAAGUUCUCUUCUUUAUGUAAUUCUGACAAUGACAAACCAAAAUUCAUCAUACCCAAUUCUCUGCGCUUCUUUCAAUCAGGAUUACAGUUGCUUUGCUGUGGGGACGAAGCUUGGGUUCAAAAUAUUUGAUGCUGAAACUCUCAGGCUGUGCUACCAAAAGGAUAUUGGUGCUUUCGGCAUUGUUGAAAUGCGCUUCAGUUCGAGUCUUCUUGCCAUUGUUGGAGCUGGUGAACAGCCAGCUCUAUCUCCACGCCGCCUUUGUUUGUUUAAUACUACAACUGGAGCUCCUCUUCAAGAACUAAAUUUCUUGACUUCAGUUCUUGCUAUUCGUUUAAAUAAGCUUAGACUGAUUGUUCUAUUGCAAGACAAGGUGUUCAUAUACGAUAUCAAUAGUCUUGCAAUUUUAAGUGUACUUGAUACUGUGCCAAAUCCAAAAGGCCUUUCCGCAUUCUCCCAUAUCUUGGAUGCUUGCUUCUUGGCUCUUCCAGCAAGUACAACCAAAGGAUCCAUGCUAGUUUACGAUGUUAUGGAGCUCCAAUCCCUGUGUGAGGCAAUAACAAAAAAGGGAAAAGGAAAAUUGAACAAGAUCACAUUCUUAUCCGCUAUAGAUGCUCAUCUUUCACCCUUGGCUGCAAUGGUCUUUUCUUCUAAUGGAACAUACCUAGCGACAGCAUCAGAGCAAGGAACCAUGGUUAGAGUACAUACAGUACCUGAAGGAACUAAGUGUUUCAGUUUUCGUAGGGGAGCCUAUCCAUCCACAAUUUUCUCCUUGUCCUUUGGUUCGUUUGUGCAGCUCCCUGAAUUUCUUGCCGCCAUAAGUUCCUCUGGUUCUCUUCACUUAUUCAUACUUGGAGCUGCCUCUAAUCAAAGGGGUAAAAAUUCAAGUAGUUUUAUUGGUGGAAUGAUUCCUAGCUCAAUUUUGGAUCCAGCUCAUCAUCAUGUUCUUCACAACGCAGUUGUUGAAGGAGUCAAAAGUUAUGCUGUGAUACGCAAAGUGGAGAAGAUUUCCGAUGCUUCUGGCUCUGGAACUUUCUGUUUCAGGGCCACUGUUUCUGUUGUUACUUAUGAUGGAUACUUCCGAGAAUACAUAUUCAAUAUCAACCAUAAGAACGAGUCCUCAUGGACAUUGGAGCGAGAGUACAAUCUGUUGACUGCAAUUUCUGAUAUUACUACUCGCUCAUGAACCUUCUUUGGCGCUUCCCUUAACUGUUUCUGAUUGUAAAGUGAUCAUACAAGUGAUACAACUCGCUCACUGUUAAUGUUGAAUCGCCGACCUCUUUAACCUAUGCACAUGCCAUGUUUGUGCUUUUAUCUGUCUGUCUGUCUGUCACUGCUAUCAUACUGUUGCGUGCAACUGAGGAAUCUGAUUGGUAAGGGCGACUGAUUUUGCUGCUCCAGCUUCACUUGUAAAAAGUUCUGAUGAUUGAUUAUGGUAAAAUUUCUACUCAAAUGGAAUAAUAUAUGCUCUUUUUGUCCCAUGUUUCAUCUCCAAUUCCUGUGUGAGGGCACAUAAAAUUCUGUUAAUAUCUUAUUCAGAUAAUAAAUGGAGAAUUUGUUUAUUUAAUUAA